AUGUUGGGCCAGGAGAGUGAGGAGCUUAUCGGUAGUCCGUUUGUGAUCCCACAGGAGGAUGUCGAAGUGCUCAAUACCUCGGAGGGCUUUUGCAUGCUGAGAAACUACCUCGCGCGAGACACCAGCUUCUGCACGCAACACGACGAGUGCGAUGGGCAGACCAAAGAAGCAUGGAUCCUGCAGCGCGACUUGUUGCACGCGCUGGUGAUGCCGGUGCUGGAGCUGUUUAACCGAGCUUCGGCACUCGCUGAGGCGGCGCUGUGUACCCGCAAAAGCGAAGAUCUGGAGUUAGCGUUCGCGGGGGAAGCACGUGGAGCGUUCCUGUGUCUGCAGUGCUUCGUCGACGAAGAGGAGGAUUGGUGCAGGACACGCGGUUGUCCAGCUUGCAUCACAUCUGCGACGCUAAGCACAGAGUCGCACCUCCGCCUGACAAUCGCCGCAUCGCUCCUGUCCACGUGUUCAGUCGCAACACCAGCUCCGCCGCCAGAGCCAUUGACGUCUCGUGCGCUCCCUCCUCUGCCGCACAUCCUCCCCGCGCUCCGCGAAGCCCUCGCGUCAGAUCCCUUCUGGGGCCCGGACCACUGGCCGUACCUGCUCUCGCGCGCGACGCAACUCUCGACGGGCAUCCAAGCGCUGAUUAGCGAGUGCGUGAACCUCGAGUCCCUCGUGGCGUCCCCGGUGGCGGAGCGCACUGCGUUCAUCGGCAGCUUCAGCGCAUCGGGACUGCAGUACAUGGGCGCGCAGACCGGGGAGAAGGGCGUCAAGCUCCGCAAGAGCAAGCUCGCGAAGAGGCAGCUGAGGCUCGAGAGGGAGGAGAUUGAGCUCAUGAGGCGCGUGGCGAUGCAGUGCUGGGCCAAGGCGAAGCUGCCCAAGGGGGUGAGGGGCGAGAUGCUGGGCCAGAGCGGGGGGGGGAGCCGGAGGAGGAGGAGUCUGACAUGUCCCCAUCGCAUGCACGGCGCCCACCACGGCCGACACGACGACAACCACGACAACCACGACGACGACAACCACGACGACAACCACGACGACAACCACGACGACGACGACGACGACGACAAGCCCUCUCGCCCACUCGCUCAUCCAUAG